AUGGCAAAAAAGGCAAAGAAUGCCCGCCAUCGCGCCAAUCGACGCAUAGGUCGGGCCGCACGUCGGGACCUCGAGGACGCCUACGUGACGGCUCGCAAUGACGAACAUGUAGCGCAGUCACUUGGCCUGCCCUCUACACCUGGCGGAUGGCUGACCCGCGCUGCAUUCAAGCUCUUCGAGCUGGAUGAGAAGUGCAGAUUCCUCACGCCACAGGGCAAACGGCAGACCAUCCCGAAAGUGGUGGUGGAUCUGGGAGCCGCACCCGGGGGAUGGACGCAGAUGGCUCAAAGUGCGGCUGAAGGAGACGGGGACUCGCGCGGGUCGAUUGCUCCCCCGACUCUCUUUGCGCUGGACAAGCUUCCCCUCGCCCCCGAGCUAGCAUAUCAAGAAGGGGUCAACUUCAUUCAGGGGGACUUUCUCGAUUUCGAAGUGCAGGAUCAUCUCUCUUCGCGCAUCCAUGCCGUCACAAACAUCCCGCUCGACCAGCCCGGUGUAGACGUGGUCCUGAGCGACAUGAUGGCCAACACGUCGGGGAAUCGCAUUACGAAUACGGCGGCGUCCCUCUCCCUCGUAAUGGCCGCUCAUCACUUCUGUCUGCGCAACCUCAAGGUCGGACCGCACUCGUGGCUGGUCAUCAAAGUGUUUCAAUCGGAGGAGGCAAUGCGAUGGCGCAAGGCUGUGCUGGAGCGUUGCUUCGAUAGCGUGGGGACGCAUCGCGCAAAGACGAGUAGGGUGACGAGCCCGGAGGUCUAUUGGGUGUGUAGGGGUCAUCGUGGUGGCGGCCACGGAGCGUUAGAAGAAGCGGGAAAUCAUGAGAGCGGCUUUUAA